AUGCAGACCACACCCCGCCCUCGGCCAAUGGGCAGCCGAGGUGCCUCGCCGUCACAAACAGCAGGACAGUGGGAUGACGUCAGGGCGCGGGCGGCGGCGGCGGCGGCGGCGGCGCGAGUAAACACAGCAGCGAAACAGAAGAUGGCGAGUGCGGCGAUGCGGGGCGCUGAGGAAACGUCUGCCGUGGCCUUCAGUAGCCCGCCUCAGGGCGGUACGGAGGGGUUGUCAGAGUCGGUUUCACUGUGGGGUCUGAUCUUCAGCUGCUUGGAGACAGCCCUAAGCUGGCGGCGGCCGGGCUACAGCACACUGGUGUUCCUGGGCUGCAACGCUCUGUUCUGGUUUCUCGCUUUAACACCAUGGAGGCUAUAUUCUCUUUUUUCUUUGGGCUUCCUUUUGCUGGUUGUUACGGAAAACAUAAAGACUCUGAUUUUGUAUCUCAUGAAAGGGUGGAAGAAAAGCAAGAGCAUUGAUGAAAGCUGGAAAAUGACUGAAACUAAACAGGAGAAUACACCAAGGCUUAGUCAGUGUAUUACAGAGUCAUGGACGAGUUGUGCAGUGUUUUUUGAGGAAAUGUCCCAUUUCAAAAAGCAAAACCCUGGGAAGUUUUGCCUUCUUGUUUGUAGUCUCUGUACAUUUUGUGCUAUUAUUGGACGCUACAUACCUGGUGCUGUGGUAUCGUAUGUCUUGUUGUUGUGUGUCCUAUUGUGGCCUUUAAUAACCUCAUAUGACCUGUGGCAUCGUAUCUGCAACAGGGUUGAACCAGUUCUGCAGCGACUGGAUUUUGGUCUUAAGGAUUAUGUAAAACAUUUGCAAAGAAGAAUAGAAAUGAAACAGAAAGAAUUGGCUGAAAGAAAAUCAGAAGAUGAGAGUGAAGCAGAUACAUCAGCUCUUUGUCCCAUGAUAAGUACCUCAGGAGCUGGCAAAGAACUGUCUAUUUCAGACACAGAACUAUCAGAAACAUCCUGGACAGAAAAUGGAACUUUUAAUUUGUCAGAAGGUCAUACCCCACAGACAGAUGCAUCAGAUGAUUUAGAUCGUCCGAGUGAUCAUGAAGAAGCAUUUGCCAGAGAUCUUCCAGAAUUUCCUUCAAUAGAUAAUAAAGGAACAAUAAAUGAUGAUGAUGAUGACUCAAGUAUUGGCAUUCCAACUCCCCCGAUUCCCACUCUGGAAGCCGAGUCAUGUCAGGAAGACAUAGGAACUGCUGUGGCUGGUCUUGCCCUCAACUUGUCCAAUGAGCAAAGCCUUAACCUGAUCAGUACUAUAGCAAGUGAGGCCAUUGCUGUAGCUAUGUCAUCUGCUGUGAAAGGCCAGUUGCAGGCUACUGAAACCAAGCCCACCACACCACCACAGCUAAACUCAAGCGAAGAAACUGAUACUGAGGAGGGUGAUGACUUUGAGUUGCUUGAUGAAUCUGAGUUAGAGCAAAUUGAGAGCGAAUUAGGACCGGAUCAGGGCCAAGCAGCGAGACAUGAAGUCAAUGAUGGCAAAUCAGGCUUUCUCUCAAACAUACUGGGAGGUCAUUAAACCUUCUUUCAGAGCUGGAGAAUAAAUAUGCAGACCAUAUCUGAACAACAAAACAAACACAAGCUAUGGGCUUAUUUCCAAAAAGAGCCAGACUUCAAAAGUAUGAUCUUGUGUAUCUGGAACUAAGUGCAGCAAAAAGAUGAGAAAAAGUGAAAUAGUACUGCACAUUUAAUAAUCUAAAUAUUGAAGGAACUGAUUUGAUUUGUGUUAUUUGGUAUAAUGGGCCACCUAUUUUCUGUGUUGUCUGACUAUAAUCUUUAUGCCUUGAAUUAACAGCAUGGAAAUUAAUCCUGUCUUGUCAAUCUGAGUUAAUGACUAGCUUUAAAUGUUUUAACUGACUCAUAUGGCAAAUCUAAAAGUCAGAUAUUCAACAAACACAAUUUUUUUCUUUGAAUUCUGUGCAGAAACAGACAAUCAAUAGUCAGCUUCUUUCUGGCCUUGUAGCAAGUUGGACUGCUAAGAACACAAAGUACCACUUUUUGCAAAUAUUUGCUGUAUUCUAAGUAUUUUAUAAAGUCCAGUCCUAUUUGAAGUUUUUAAUUCGUAUGUUAUGGUAGCUUUGCUAUUUUUGUUGCACUUAAGUGGAAUGUUCAAAGAGAGCUUCAUAGAGGCAUGUUUCAAAAUUGAGAUUAAUAAUCCAUUUCCAUACUUGUUCUUUUUUCAGUUACAUAAAACCAAUCUGUACUGCACUUUCUGCAUUAUUGAACUGAGAUUCAAAGGUGAAAAUUAUCACAUUAAAGUUUGGUUUAAGUUCAAUAUUGCAAAUUAGUUUUUAUAUUUUUGUUUUGAUUAUAACACCUUAAAAAUUAUCCUUUGCACGUAUUUCACUGUAUUCUAAUAGGUAAUGAGCUUUACUCCAAAAAAUAGAUAACAGAAUUUUAUUUCUCUGCUUUGAACAGUUAUUAAUAGGUAUUAGUUUUUGAUGCCACUUUAGAAAAGGACACAUGUGAACACAAACAAAGUAAUAAGUGGCCUGGAUUUUAGACCAUAAGACAUAGGAACAGAAUUAGACCAUUUGGUCUACCGAGUCUUCUCCACCAUUCAACCAUGACUGAUUUAUUUUCCUUCUCAAUCCCAUUCUCCUGCUUUCUUCCCAUAACCUUUGACAUCCUUACUAAUCAAGAACCUGUAAACUUCUGCUUUAAAUAUACCCAAUGACUUGGCCUUACAGCUGCUGUCGCAAGAAUUUCAUAGAUUCACCACUGAAGAAAUUCCUCUUUAUUCCUGUUGUAAAGGGACUUAAUUCUAAGGCUGUACCCACCCACUAUUGGAAACAUUCUCUGCUCUUCCAUUCGAUCUGGGCCUUUCAAUGUUCAGUACAUUUCAGUGAGAUCCCUCAUUAUUCUUCUGAACUUAGUGAGCACAGGCCCAGAACCAUCUUACAAUCCUCAUACAUUAACCCUUUCAUUCUUGGGAUCAUUCUCAUGAACCUCCUCUGGACCAUCUUCAAUGCCUGCACAUCAUUUCUUAGAUAAGGGGCCCAAAAUUGCUCAUAAUGCUCCACAUACCAUUCUUGCUUUUAUAUUCCAGUACUCUCAAAAUUAAUGCUAACAUUUGCCUUCCUUACUAACUCAACCUGCAAGUUACCUUUAGGAAUCCUUCCCAGGUCCCUUUGCACUAACCAAUUUCUGAAGUCACUUCCAAUUUAGAAAAUAGAUUACUUCCACAAAGUGCAUGGCCAUACACUUUCCUCCAUUGUAUUCAUUUGCUACUUCUUUGCCUAUUCUCCAAGUCCUUCUGCAGACUCUGCUUCCUUAUCACUACCUAUCACUGCACCUAUCUUCAUAUAUUCACAAACCUGACCAUAAAGCUAUCAAUUCCAUCAUCCAGAUCACUAACAUAUAAUGUGAAAAAUAGAAAACCCAAUACUGAUCCCAGCAGAAUACCUCAAGUCAGGAGGUACUAACAAGAAAAGGCACUCUUUAUUCCCACUCUUUGCCUUCUGCCAGUCAGUCUUCUGUCCAUCCUAAUAUCUUUCCUGUAAUACCAUGGGCAUUUUCACCUGGGACAAGUUCUCUGGAGGAAAAGAUAUUGUGAAUGUAAAAAACAUAAUGGAAUAGAAUCUGCACACUUAUAUCCUGCUUGACAGUAAGGACUUAAGAGCUGGGUGAAUGGGGUCAGCUUGCUUUAAAAAAAAAGCAAUUAGUGGCAACGAGAGAGAGUAGGGAUAUUGGCACAAGGUUUGAUUGCUGUGAAUGGGGCCCCACUGCUGAAAAAUUAUCAAUUAGUCGUUGGUUUGUGGGGCAAGGGAAGUGAAGAUCGUAGGAUUCAAUGGUAGAGAGUGGGGUGGGACUAGUAGUUUGUAGAAAACAGAUAGUUUCCUAAGCAAUGAGUACUUCUAAGUGUGUUGGACCUCAAGGAAUCACACUUGAAGAAGUCUUUUCUGCACUUCAUCUAUUUUCAUCUCGCAUUUCUUGAGGUCUGGGAAAAGCAGCCACCUGGGGCUAAAAAUUGACCCUUGACAAAGAAAAAGGCAGGUAGCCCCAUUAUAAACACUUACUGACUAGCCUUGUUACCAAAGCAGUAUACGUGUUCUUCCUCCUUUUGUUCCAUCAGUAAAACCUCAUGUGGAUGAUUUUGUGAUGGCUUUGACUCCCGGUUUAAAUUCUGUCACAAUUUAACAUCUGACUUAACCCCAAACUCUUGUUUUUAAAAUGUUUUUCUUCCUACCUAGUUCAUCAUAAUAGAGCCUUACAGAAAAUUAAAAUGUAUACUUGAUUUAAAAAAAUAAAAUGCAUUUUAAAUACAAAAUUUUUCCACUGAAGUUAAAUGGUAAGUAAAUCUUACCAGCUUGGGGAUCUGUAUGUAAAAUUACUAAUCAUUUUAGUUGAUUAACUAAUAUUGGGUAGAAGUACAAUUUGAUUUUGUCAAAUUAUGCAGUUAUUUGUGUCAAAGUUACCUUGACAAAUUUUGGUUAAUCCCAUUUAACUUUCAAUUGAGCAUGGAGGAAUUUUAAGUCACUCAUAAACUAUCUUUUCUUAACAUCAGAAAAAACUAUCACACCUAAUUUGAGAUCCUUGUGUUGAUUUGUACCCCAAAAAAGUUUUAUAUUCAGUCAUAUCUUUUACACAAUUGGAUAAACAAACUUUUAGAUUUAUGAAAUCUUCUGGUUCAGUUGAAAGAAACGUCCAAUUGAUUCAAAUAUAGUAAAUAUAAACUUUAAGUACAAGUACAUUUGUAAUGAGAUAGUCACAAACAUUUCAAUUUAUAGCAUUAUUCAAGUAUUGUUUGAACAAUGGUUUCAAAAAAGGAAUAAAUUCAAGAAAACUAGUUCAGGUCUCUCAUCACCACAAUCCCCUUCCCCCCCACCCCACACUUUAUACCCCACCCUUUAUACCCUGAUCAUCACUUUCAACCCAGUUGAAUUGUUAAUCUUACUCUAAACCUACUGUAUCUUGCUUUCAUUUCUCCAUACCUCAAUAAUUCCUUAAAGCCAAUCCUGCUCAAUUGAGUAAGGAGUCUCUAUAUGCCCUUCCCAUAGCAUGCAUGGGAUUUUCCUGUGUGCUCUGGUUUCUUUCCACAGUCCAAAAACAUACUGAGUAAGUUAACUGAUCAUUGUAAUAGUCCUGUGAUUAGGUUAGGAUUAAUCAGGAUUGUGGGAUACUGGGGUGGUGCAGCUCGAAGGGAGGAAGGGUAUACUUCACACUGCAUCACUAAAUUAAGGUGGUACACAAAUUAACUGAUGAUGCACUGACAUUAGCGAAGAUAAUGAGAUUUAGCCAAAAUUAGUGAAAUGGUGUGUGUACUUGCUGCAGACUAAAUGAUAUGUCAAGUAAUUUUUACAGCAAAGCAGAGAAGAUUUAUUUCAUGUAGGUUUAGUUUCUUGUUCCAAGAUAUUUCAGCAAGAAACACUGAUCAAUUUUAUUUGCAAUUUUCAUCUUACAUUUCAUCGUUCUCUGACUAGUACCAUUCUGUGUGGUUUUGUUUGGAACACCAAUUUGUUUUUUUUAUAUAUUGACAUAGUCUAAUCCAGUGGACUAUUUGGGUGAAAUCUGUUUCUGGUUACAAUUAACAAUCAUUUAGCUAACUUUUAUUCCAUUUAAAAUUGGAAAUCUAAUAUUAAAACACAUUGAGUGAGAAAUUUGUCCUUGUACAAGGCAUGCUGUAGCAGCCUCUGCAAAUUAACUUGAUCUUCAAAGAACUGAAGCUUAUCAUAAUUUAACUUAUAGCUUUUGGAGUUAGAACUGACAUUGAAUGACUUCUGGCAAUUCUUUAAUCCUUUCACUAUCCUGGAUAUUUAUGGUAGUGUUCAGUAAUCAUGACUGUGAAGUAUUCAAGUAAUACAUUUGCUGUUUAACUCAAUAUUUUCAUUAUUAAAUACUUUACUUUAUACACAUACCAGCACUUCAUAGUGUGAUGUUUUGUUUGUUACUAAUGCCUUGAAUUAAAGCUCACUUCAGCAAAUGCAAACCAACAGAGUGUACUGAGUUAUGGUGGUGUGUAAGUUAUCAGAUGUUAUGCUGAUAGAACUAAAGAAACCCGAAACUUGGGAUGUAACCCAAAUUAUUGAAACAGUAAAGUUGCCGACAAGUUGAGUACCCCUUAUCCGAAAUUCCAAAAUCUCUGAAAUUCCAAUUUGUUUUGAUUGCUGACAUGACAUCACAAAUGGAAAAUUCCACAAGAUGCCGGGAAGGUUCCCAGGCAAUGUGCUGAUUCCUGCCCACCAUGGACAGUUCUGAGAAGUGACCUCACAUAUGUAAUGAAAAGAAAUUAUUGAAAAAUAGAAAAAAACUGCAUAAAGGGAAAAAUGAAGAUCUCAGUAGUGUAUUGAAAGAGUGGAUUCAUCAACGUCAGAGUGAACAUUAGCCACUUAAUGAUAUGCUGUUCAUGAAACAAGCAAUGAUUUAGCACAAUGAAUUGAAAAUUGAAGGUAAUGGUGAAUAUUCAGUAGACUGGGUUCAGAAAUUUAAGAAAAGGCACUGAAUUACUUUCUUAAAAAAUUGUGAUAAUGUAUCUGCUGAUUUCAAAACAGCAGAGAAAUUCAAUGAAGAGUUUGCCAAGAUUGUUGUUGAUGAAAAUAUAACAUGCUAAACAGCUGCAUCAGUACAUAUAUGUGAUGAACGAGUGUAAGACAAAGACUGCUUACAUAUAAAUUCAGUGUUGAAAAUGUUGGUGAUUCCAAGCUAUUUCAUUAUAUAUUCCAAAACGCCUCAGACCCCAAGCAUUUCAGAUAAGGGUACUCAACCUGUACUUGCAAGACUUGUCACUUUUAUCAAACUAGGGGUGAAUUUCUACCUCAAUUUGUUUUUUUUUAAACAAGAUGUGAACACAUUCACUUCAUUAUUUUGUUAGACAUCUAUAAUUUAUCUAAAAUUUGUGAUUUAAAAAUUAAGAUAAUUACUGUAAUCAAUGUGGGUGCUGGGAUGGGUAAGAGUAGAUUUUGACUAUAUUAAAACUGUUUGCACUUUAUAUGUGGUAUUUACUAAAAUGCACUUUCUAGCAACCAAACAUAAACCCAUAAUUGUUUUUUUUUGCAGGAAAGAGGACUAAUAACCAGAAACAGUGCCAUCAUAAAAUGUCUUAUUUCAUAAAAUAUGAAAAUGUCCCAUUUACUGCACUUUAUUAAAUAAUCUUUUGGUCCACAGGAUUUAAAAUUUUCAGUGGCAAAGACAUGUCCAUUAUAUUCAUUGGAUUUGAUAAUUAAAGCUUGUCUAAUACUGUGUU